AUGUGUGGGGUUCCGGUCUUCGCCAAUCAGCGAAAGUCCACACGCUGUCGUAUCUGCAUCGACGCUCGAGAGCUUAACAACUUCACGAAUAAAGAAGGGGACGAGGAGGCCGCGGACAUGGACCUACAGUCACGGAUUCUAGAGUGGCGAGCCUCAAAGAGAGUUGAUUGUGAGGACCUCAAGAAGGCCUUCUGGUCGGUUCACAUCGAUGAAUCGGAUGUGAAGUGGUUGGGGAUGUGCGUCGGGUCGAGGAUCAUAAGGUGGAUCCAUGUCCCUUUCGGGACGAAUUGGUCCCCUUGGGCCCUCUCCUCGGUCUUGGGAAAGAUCCUCAAACAGAUCGGGGGGACGGACGGGGCCGAAGCUAUCUCCUUCUAUGUCGACGAUGUCCUUCUGCGAGGGGACAGUUGCUCUGAGGUGUCGAAGAUUCGUCGGGAGGUGGUUCCCGCAUUAGAAGAGCGGGGGUUCGAGGUCCACCAGGACAAGCGAAUGUCCAAUCUCGACACGGGUGAAGACUGUAUAGGUCGAGGGGUAUCUAAGGAGAAGAUUCUCAGUGAGAAGUUCAGAACAGGAGAUAGAAUUGGCGAAGGAAUCCAAGGUCACGGAGUCUGCCCUGAGAUCAGCAUUUGGCAAGACUUGCCAGGCAAGUUCUUCGACCCCAUGGGUCUUUUUGCGGAAGUGUCCUUGGAGCUCAGAUGGGCGGCUCGGCUGGCUCAUGAGAGCCUGAAGCAGAGGAGGAAGGACUUCGAAGAUGGUACGGACAUUGUGGACGAGGAGACGGCAUCUAUUAUAUUGAGUACCAUUACUGCAUGUAACUCAUUCCUGCAUUCUGAUCGUAUUCUUCCCCCUCGCUAUCUUGAUGUGUCUACUUUAUUCGUCUUCGUCGAUGCCUCUGAGGCAUGCAUUGCUAUUGAUAUUCGAGCCGGCUCGGGUGCUCGUCUCUUUGCUAAGUUCAGUGUGACUCCGGGAGGCACGAUUCCCAGGAGAGAAUUGGAAGCAAUGCGCCUCGGUAUUGAGCAAUUGUAUAGCAUUGUUACGGCAUUGAGAUCUAAAGUCACGAG